GGAAAAAAGAACCAGCCCAAACCUGGUUUAGUUAAGUUGUCCCUUAAUUAGUUAUUUUUAGUAUUUUUUUAAAUAUCAAUGCCAUCAUACAUGAAAGAAGCGUGGCCUUAGGAACCAAAUAAUGUGUGUUGUUGCUAACGGGUACAUGUUACUGACGCACUCAUACUCACGUACUAAAAUUAGCACUAGCAUUAGCUGAUCACAGAGCGAGUCAAUAAUAGUCCAAAUAUAUUUGUAUUGUAACCCAUUCAUGAAUGCCCGUUCAUGUUUUUUGAAGUGGUUAUUAAAACAUUACCUAUUGGCUUAUCCUCGCUUGGUGUAUUCUCGGUUUAUCAUCGUCUAUUGUUGAGCUAACUUCUCAUUUUGAGCAAAUCGUGCGGUUGGUUCACGUUAGCUAACGUUAUAAACAAGGCGUAACGUUAACAAAAAUCCUUAGUUUUUACAUUGCAUAUGUUGACGGUAUGCACUGGUAAAAGUGUGCAUAUGCGAACGACACUUGAAACAAAGAAAUAAAACCUAUCUAAGGUUAGCUCCAGUGCCAUCAACUGGAUCAUCUUCGGCCCACGGGAUGGCUGCUGCAGCCGGACCAAGUACCUCCCAGAAGGAUCUCAUAGAUCUGUACGGGGACCUGAAUGAAAACGACGAUGAUAUGGACAGAAUUGCUGAAGCAAAUGAACUUUUUGAUGCCGUUUUGACUGGCUCAGUCGAUCAGGACAAAAAAGUCAGUACAAAUAGAACGAGUCCUAACAUGACUCCUACUGAAGAGGAAGCUAAUUCCAUAACAGAGAAAAGCCCAGACAAAGGAAACCCACAAAGGAGACUGGCUAUAUAUAUUGGAAAUUUCCCCUGGUGGACAACUGACAAUGACAUCAUCAGCAUGGCUCAAACUUUGGGUGUGCAGGACAUCAAAGAGAUCAAAUUUGCUGAGAAUAAAAUUAAUGGGCAGUCGAGAGGCUUUGCCGAAGUAGAGGUGACCUCAAACGAGUCAUUAAAACUAUUGUUUAAAAAAAUACCGAAAUGUGAGCUCAAUGGGGAGAGGAUAGACUGUCGCCUUGUCACCAGUCAGAACCUUGGUGUGUUUGAAGACAUGGCAAAUAAACGUAUACCCAUGCGCAUUAAUUCCAAAGAUUUUAAGGACUCUUCGAAUAAGAUUCCCUCAUUAUUAUCACAGGAGCCCAGUCCUUCCCCUUUACCUCCCCACUUUCCAUCACAUCAACCUGCAAACAGGUUUCCCUCAUUACCCAACCCUUACCUUGGUCACCCACCACCUCCCUUCCCACACAUGCCUCCACACAUGCCUCCACACAUGCCUCCACACAUGCCUCCACACAUGCCUCCGCCCAUGCUUCCGCCCAUGCCUCCACCCACCAUGCCACCCCCUUAUUUCCCUCCUCAUCCAGUCCAUAUUCCCAGCCAACCUCCCAGUCUGCAUGUAAAUCCAGCCUUCUUCACCCCAGCACCAGACGGGCAAAGCAGCAACGCGUACAGCCAACUACAACACACAUCUCAAAGUCCAGACGCGGAUUUUGAGCAGCUAAUGAACAGAAAUAGAGCUAUCGCCAGCAGUGCCAUCAGCAAGGCUGUGUCUGGAGCAACAACUGGUGACUUGCGGGUGGCCAUGGAGACUCUAUUAACUGCUAUUGCCAUCAUUAAGCAGUCCAGAGUUUAUACAGACGAACGCUGCCAAGCUCUGGUCACCUCGCUCAAAGACUGCCUGGUCUCUAUCCAGGGAAAUUACAGCUACAGGAAAAGCAAUCGUUCUGGGGAAGAAGAAAGAGACCGGGACAGGAGUCGUGACAGAGAGCGAGAGCGGGACAGAGAAGAUUCUUCUGGUUGGGACGCUGCAGGAAUGUCUCGAAGACACAGGCAACGUUCCCGAAGCGAAGAGAGGGACAAAGAACGCUCUCGGGAACGGGAAAGGCACAGAGAACAGAGAGAUCACAGAGAUCACAGGGAUCAGAAAGAUCAGAGAGAUCAGAGGGAUCAGAGAGAUCAGAGGGAUCAGAGGGAUCAGAGGGAUCAGAGAGAUCAGAGGGAUCAGAGGGAUCAGAGAAAUCAGAGAGAUCGAUACCGCUAACUUGACAGAUGGAGUGCUGAAGUGUGGUGCAGAGCAAAGACAGGAUUGUUUGUUUUUGCACCAAGUGCAUCAAAUCUGGAGAUAUCCAAGGGGAGACUGAAAAUGAAGAACUCUAAAGUGUAAUUGUUUUUAGUUCACCAGUCAUCUGUAAAUACUGGGACUUUAACCUGUUUUAAGAAAGAAAUGUGAUUGUACAUUUUGUUGCUGGUACAAUUUCUAUGCUUGCAUGCGCAGGAACACACUCAUAACUUAUCAACACAAUGAAAUGUUUUCAUCACGUUCUUUUGUAUUCAAUUUAAGAUUAAAAACAUUCCUUAAAAAUUU